AUGAGCCUCUGGCAUGAUCCGAACUGGACAGCCCCGCUGGAGUUCAUUAUCCUGGGCUUCUCGGACUGGCCCCCCGAGCUGCGGGUGCUGCUCUUCGCGCUCCUUCUGCCCCUGUACCUGGCAACGCUGGCAGGAAACCUGCUCAUCCUGUGGCUGGCACUGGCUGACCCGGCGCUGCACACGCCCAUGUACUUCUUCCUGGGGGCUCUGUCCACUGUGGAGGUGGCCUAUACUCUGGUGCUGACCCCGCGCAUGCUGGCCGGCUUUCUCCUGCCUCCCGGGGGCCAGGCCGUGGCCCCCACCACCUGCGCAGCCCAGAUGGGCCUCUUUGUGGCCCUGGGAGGUUCUGAGUGCCUGCUGCUAGCGGCUAUGGCGCUUGACCGCUACCUGGCCAUCUGCCGCCCCCUCUACUACCCCCAGAUUAUGACCACGGGGCUCUGCUGGCGUUUGCUGGCGGCCUGCUGUAUGGGAGGCUCGGUCCUGGCCGUGGGCCUGACCACGGUCAUCUUCCAGCUGCCCUUCUGCCAUGGGGGGCUGGUCAACCACGUGUUCUGCGACCUCCCGGCAGUGCUGCUGCUGGCGUGCGGGGACCGGGCACUGCAGGAGCAUGUGCUGUUGGCCGCCUGCCUGCUGCUGCUGGUGCUGCCGCUGGCCCUCAUCCUCCUCUCCUACACGCGGGUGCUGCUGGUCAUCAUGGGGGUGGGGGGGGCCGGCCGCCGCAAGGCCUUCAACACAGUGGCAUCGCACCUCACAGUGGCCGUACUGCACUACGGCUGUGCCACGGCCAUGUACUCCCGGCCCCUGAGCAGCCGGGACCUGGAGGAGGACAAGCUGGUGUCCCUCAUCUACAUCAACCUCACACCACUGCUCUACCCUGCCAUCUACACUCUGCGCAACCGUGACAUGCAGGGGGCGCUGUUGCGGGUGCUAGGACACAGGACCUCAGAGGAAGUCACCUAA